AUGACAGGGGGAAGCUUCUUCAAUAUUUUCUUCAUCUUAUUUCCUAUGCUCUUUCUCCUCCCCCAAUCAUCGGUUGCAAAACCUGCAUUCUUUAUGCGUGAUUUCCAUACAACAUGGGCAGAAUCCCACCUCAAGCUGCUCAACAAUGGCGCCGCAAUCCAACUCUCCCUUGAUCCAUCCUCAGGUUGCGGGUUUGCUUCAAAUAACAAAUUCAUGUUCGGACAUGUAAGAAUGAAGAUCAAACUCGUCCCUGGAGACUCUGCAGGAACGGUGACAGCCUUCUAUCUCAAUUCAGCAACUGAGGCUAUUCGAGAUGAGCUCGACUUUGAGUUCUUGGGGAAUAGGUCCGGGCAGCCAUAUACAGUCCAGACCAAUGUGUACGCCCAUGGGAAGGGAGACCGAGAGCAGAGGGUGAACCUCUGGUUCGACCCAUCGGCGGAUUUCCACACCUACUCCAUCCUUUGGAAUCACCAGCACAUCGUUUUUUUCGUAGAUGCCAUUCCGAUAAGAGUAUACAAGAACAAUGAAGCAAGGGGAGUGGCAUACCCCAAUGCCCAGCCCAUGGGAAUCUAUUCAACUCUCUGGAAUGCCGACGACUGGGCAACACGAGGUGGCUUGGAGAAGAUUGACUGGAGCAAAGCUCCCUUCUAUGCCUACUACAAAGACUUUGACAUCGAGGCCUGCGCCGUUCCUGGAGCUCGGAGCGAUUGUAACACUGUCAGCAGCUGGUGGGAUGCUCCUUCUUACCACCAGCUCAGUCCGAUUCAGGCCAGGGCAUACCGUUGGGUCAGGCUACACCAUAUGAUCUACGAUUACUGCACUGACCGGGCUCGAUAUCCUGUCGCACCGCCAGAAUGCUUUGCUGGAAUCUGAAGGAAGUAGUGUCAAGAAAUUAUGUUAAUAGACCACCAUGUAGAAUUUGUUCGAAUAAUUAUUGAGCUUGUAGAGUUGGGGACUCUGCGUACAUGUAGUAGUGGCAGUAGUAGUAAUGAUAAUAAUAAUGUUGUGCUUCUGGUAUUAGCAU